AGAUUCUGCUCUCCGUUUUUCAGAUCACAUCACAAUGCUGUGUUAGAGAAAAGAGUGAAUAAAGUGAGUGAAAGACCCUCACACUCCCAGUCUCCGACCUUGCGAGAGCCGAGCGACCCCUCCCAGAAUGCUGCGUCGAGCAUUGGGGCUCUUGCCCCGACCCAUAGCAGCUGCAAGGGCUCGAUCCUUUUCCACUGAUCUGCCCGCCGCUCACACUGCCGAUGCCACCUUCAUGGAGGCCUGGAACAAAGUCAUGCCCAACAUGGAUCCUCCUAAGACCCCUCUAUCUUUCAUGCACCCUCGCCCGCCUACCCCUUCCUCCAUUCCUCCCAAACUCACUGUCAAUUUCGUUCUUCCUUAUGCUUCUGAGUUGUCCACCAAAGAGGUUGACAUGGUUAUAGUACCAGCCACAACCGGACAGAUGGGUGUUCUUCCAGGACAUGUAGCAACAAUUGCAGAAUUGAAGCCUGGUGUGCUGUCAGUGCAUGAAGGAAGUGAAACUACAAAGUAUUUUGUCAGCAGCGGUUUUGUUUUUAUCCAUGCCAACUCAUUUGCGGAUAUAAUUGCUGUCGAGGCAGUUCCACUCGAUCGGAUUGACGCAAAUCUUGUCCAGAAAGGGCUUGCAGAUUUCACCCAGAAGCUGAGCUCAGCCACAACUGAAUUGGAGAAAGCUGAAGCACAGAUUGGGAUUGAUGUUCAUAGCGCACUAAACUCUGCUCUCACAGGCUAACCGUUGUUUGCCAUUAUGUUCAUGGGUUAGUCCAUUUGUCCCCUUCUCUUUUAGGUUUAUCUCAUGGAUGCUGAUGUUAUUCUGAAUACAGUGGUUCUAUUUGUUCUGAAUAUUUAAAGAGAUACUGCUUGAUUAAUAAAGAGGAAACUGGAGAUUUUGAUUUGAUAUAUAAUCAAA